CACACACGGGGAACAGCGCCCCAUCCAUAAUUGAUGCUAGCUGUGGGCAGGCAGAUGCUGGAGGCAGGAGGAAGAAGGGAGGAAGAAGGGAGGGAAGGAGGGAGAGCAGCUGGAUGUGUUUAUGGAGGAGAAAGAGGAAGGAAAGAUGGUGGAGCAGGGUAACCAGGAGGCCCCUCCCCCUCCAGACUCCAGGACUCAGCCGUACCCCUCCGCCCAAUUUGCCCCCCCUCAGAACGGCCUGCCCGCUGAGUUCAGCGCCUCACACCCUCACCCUGCGCCCCCCGACUACACAGGACAGCCCCCCGUCAGCGAACACCCCCUAAACAUGUACCCCACUUCACAGAACCACAGUGAACAGAGUGGACAGGACACCAGCAUACAGACCGUCUCAGCCACAGCCACA